AUGUCGGCCGAGCCGAGUCGAGGUAUAGUAAUUGCCGAAAAACUCGAGCGAUUGAGGGGCGAUAUGGCGAAGUGGAGAAGUGGCGCCCAGGUUGCUUCUCUGUUCCGGCUCAUCAUUGACGAUUUCCACGAACUUGGAAUUGAUAUGAUCGCUAAAAAGCCAAAGUGGGAAGCACGGCUGGGAGAAAAGAAAAAUUCGGUUACAGGGGCAGAUAAGGACGCAGUGCUACGGGAAGUGCCCAAACUUGAACAUAUUGCGUUUACGUUUCGUAAUUACUUGACCAAUACGUUGCUGUUGGAUGCGUUGCAGCAGGAGUACAAAGGUGGUGAACGUUCUUUGGAGGAAAGUGCAAAGUUGGUUGGCUUGAAGUUGCCUGUUUCGAAACCUUAA